CCAGACACGGUCAGGCCUCGUGCCCGGGGGCAGCAGGGCCAGCGUCGGCCAGGGGUGGUCCCUGGGUGGAGGGUGGGAGCAGCCAGGUGGCCUAGGACGGUCCUCCGACAGUCCACCCUCUCCCUGGGCAGGUGACUCUCGCUCUCCACUCGCCCGUGGACACCCGCCUGGAAGCCACCUCGCCUCCCUGUGUCCCCCGCCGCCAUGGCCGCGAGAACCAUCAUCAUUGACCACGGGUCCGGCUUCCUGAAGGCCGGGCUGUCGGGCUGGAACGAGCCGCAGAUGGUGGUGCCCAGCAUCGUGAACUACCUGCCCUGCAGGGAGAACCCCGGCCCCAGCUACGCCCAGAGGCGCGUGAGCCUGGGCAUCGACAUCUGCCACCCCGAGACCUACAGCUACCCCAUAGAGCGCGGCCGCGUCCUCAACUGGGACGGCGUGCAGCACAUCUGGACCUUCGUCCUGGAGAGGCACCGGCAGGGGCACGAGGACUUCCCCGUCAUGAUCACCGAGACGCCCCGCAGGGAGCCCACGGACCGAAAGAAGACCCUGGAGAUCAUGUUCGAGCUCCUGGAUGUGCCGUCCCUGCUCCUGGCCGACCAGCUGGAGAUGUCCCUCUACGCCUCGGGGCUCCUGACGGGCGUCGUGGUGGACUCGGGCUACGGCCUGACCCGCGUGCAGCCCUUCCACCUGGGCCGACCGCUGCCCGACAGCGGGAAGACCCUGGAGCUGGCGGGGCAGGACCUCUCGGCCUACCUCUUCCAGAGCCUCUUCAAGGAGGGGCGCAACCGGCACGACCUGUUCCAGCUGGACACCGUCGCGUCCACUCAGAUGAGCAAGUGCUACGUGCCGCAGAACCUGGGGGAGGCCCUGGACUUCCGCCAGAGCCUGCCCAUCGGCGCGGACGAGAGCAACACGUACCAGCUCCCGGACGGCACCGCGGUGGAGCUGACGCCCAUGCAGCGCCUGAGCCCCGAGAUGUUCUUCAGCCCCCAGGUGUUCGACCUGCAGGGGCCCGGCAUCCCGCAGGCCGUGGCCGAGUCCAUCUCCUCCUGCGAGGCCUCCAGGCACCCCCUGCUCCUGUCCCACGUGAUGGCCUGCGGCGGGAACAGCCUCUACCCGGGCUUCACCAAGCGCCUCCAGAAGGAGCUGACCUCGGGCCACUUCCCCUCCACCAAGGCCACCACAUGGGUGGGCGCCAACCGGAACUUCAGCGUGUGGCUGGGCGCCUCGGUGGUGGCCCACCUGUCCACCUACAGGUCCGAGUGGAUGACCCGGGAGGAGUACAUGGAGGGCAUGCGGCUGUGACCGGCGGCUGUGACCGGCGGCUGCUCGGGGCCCGUCUCGCGGUGCAGGCGGAUGGACUCCAGCUGUGGUUUGGGCAGCAGUUGGGGGGAGCCGUCAGCUGGUUUGGAUUCUGGGGCCAGGAGCGGUCAUUUGGGGUUCUCAGGUUUUAUCUUGUGUCAAGAGUGGGAUCCAACUCAAGGGAGGACCGUGUCCCCUGGGAACCUCCAAGGGACAAUGUUCCCAGGUGGCAUGACCCUGGGGUGGGCGUGGCCCUCUGCUACCUCCAGGCCAAACGGCCACUCUGUUUUCACUGUCAUUGUCCCUGGGUGGUCCCAUUCUUGGUUGGGGGUUUUAACUGGGGCGAGAGA